GCAGCUCCGCACUGGCGUUAGUUAACGUUGAGCAACGUCGCGAACAAGAUGCAACACUCUCUGGCAAGUAAAUUAUUACUACUCUUAGCUGUGCUGUCAAGCCAACUGCUGCUCAGUGUGGCGCUUCCCAUUGGAUCACGGACUUGGACUUUAGAUCCCGAGGAAGCGGGCGGAUAUGCAGAGGGAGAUAUGCAAUUGACGCCGGAACAGCAAGUGCAACUAGAGCAAGGACCGAAGGCACGCAAUGGACUGAUUGAUGCCACCAAACGUUGGCCACAGAAUCAAGUGAUCUAUCAAAUCUCCGAGGACUUUGAUGCCGCGCACAAGGAAGCAAUACAACAGGGCAUUCAAACGCUACAGGAAAACUCUUGUCUCAAGUUCCGUGAGGCAACCGCCGAGGACACUGCGUAUGUGAGGAUAACUGCCAAUGCGGGUGGCUGCUUCACCGCAGUUGGCUACAAAGGAGAACCGCAGCAAAUGAAUCUGGAGAUUUAUCCGAUUGGCGAGGGCUGCUUUAGACCCGGCACAAUCUUGCAUGAGUUUAUGCACGCUCUGGGCUUUUAUCAUCAGCAGAGUUCGGCAAUCAGGGACGAUUACAUCGAGGUGCUCACGGAGAACAUUGUGCCCGGCAAGGAGUUUAAUUUUCAAAAGUAUUCGCCAACUGUCAUCACCGAUUUUGAUGUUGGCUACGAUUACGACAGCUGUCUGCAUUAUCGACCGGGUGCCUUCUCGGUGAACGGCGAGGAUACGAUAAAACCCCUGGAUGAUACUGUUGUUAUCGGUCAGAGAACGGGACUAAGCAAGAAGGACAUUGAGAAGAUCAACAUCAUGUACAAAUGUCCGCGUCCAGUUUGAUUCAAGUACAAACCAGAGUCUAUUGAGUAGACUCCUUGUGUGUGUUUUGUAUUAUCAAGUAUUAUUAGCAGCAAGAACAUCAUAAGUCUUGUCUGGAUCGAAGAACAAGCCAGAGUCUAUAUUGGUGUAGACUCUUUGGGUUUUUGUAUUCGCAAGUAUUAUUAUUAGGACAACAGUGUGAUAUAUUUAUGCAGGCCGAAGUUGUGUGCGAUUCCCCUUCGAUUCUAAUCUUUAAAUGUGUAUUUAUAAUUUUUGCGAGUCGAGUGAAUUGCGUAAA